AUGAUGGACCAAAUUGAAAAAAUAGCGAAAUUAGUUGGCGAUAUUAUACAAGACACUAAUUGGAGGAUAUCCAUACUUGACACAAUGCAGAAGGAAAACUCGGAUAAUGUGCAUUUCGAAGUUGGUUAUUUAACACAAAUUAUACAAGACAGAUAUAGACGAAUGGUAGACUUCUAUACUACAUGUAGAGAUAACAUGAAGAAGUUUUACAUCAUGGAACACAUUAUAUACUUGCACGAUGUGGAAUAUAUAUACUGGGAAAUUACUCACAUAACGAAUAUGCUACACGAAAUAGAAAGGAAGUAUAAUUAUGUAGAUACGACUACGUAUAAGUAUGAUUGGGACCGAACCGAUUAUGGAAAUAUGACGGAGACUUCCAAGGAUAAAGAGGAGGAUAUUCAUGUCUCGAUUUUUACCAAAGCGAAGAAGAAGAGCAGAUUUGUUAUGGAUAGGUAUAUUAAAGAAGGAUGGUGGUCUACUAAGAGGAUCAAAAAGAAGAACCCAUGGCCCUUGGACUAUGGUUGGGACCAGGUUUCAGAUCUCUCCAACACUCUGAAGAUCCUUCAUCCACAAGACAGCAUUAUAAACGAAUUAUCUUGGGGCACAAAGAUAAGGAUAUUGAAAAAAUAUCCCCAAAAACCUGAACGUAGAGUCGGCUUGUCCUACUUAAGAACAGCUGAAGACACUACAAUCCAUUCCAUGUCAACUAAAUCCUUGAUGUCACCAAUCAAAAACGAAGACAGCAGCAUGAAAAUGAAGCUGUUUCGUCUAAUGUACGAAGCUGUCAGGGACAGUGAGCUAAAAGUAAAACGAGCUGAACUAAUCCGAUCAUAUUACUCAAAUUACUCAACAUUCGAAAUAGGUUUUCUUAUCGGAGAUAUUACUGAUAAGUAUAACAUAAUGACAGACAUAAGUUUGACGUUAAAGAAACUCUACAAAGAAUGGAAACCAAUGGAACAUAUCAACGCGUAUGAGCAAAUCGCUAAUAAAGUAACGCCAUCUAUUAUCUGUCAACGGCACUACGACCAUCUUGAAGACAGGGCCGCAAGUACUGACAAGGAAAGAGUUAAGGAAUUCAUAAGGGUUUUGCUGGUGGAGUCAAAAUUUAAAAUUAACCAAAUAGACUUUAUAAGAAACAUGUUUGCCAACACAGCUGGCUUCCAAGUGGGAACUAUUAUUGGUACUAUACGAGAGAAGUACAAGACUAUGUUGAUAGUUUACAAGCAGAAAGAAAAUAAGUUUCUGAAAAAAGCUGAUCUCAAACUGCCAAGAGUCAAUGUGAGAAGACCUCUUCACUACUACCUGAGGUUGGUAGACUAUCAUCAAUAA